CCGGGAAAUCCGGACAUUUCACGUCCGGUGGCGACUGGUCACCGCGAUUGAAAUUGACGCCUUACUCGUAAAAAGGCCGCAAAUAGCUUCCCAUAUCAAGGAAGCCGGGGACCAGUGCCGAAAAGCCAAUGUCACCUUCUGUGAGGCUAGCGAAUGGACUCUGCGUAUCAAUGCCCUCAUGAGCGAUACGCAGAAGUACGUAAAUUUGCUUAAAAACUCGAUCCCGGAAAUAUCAAACCGGAACAGACUCUCCAAACGCGGAGCUCCGCUAUCCUUCGUUGGGACCAUUAGUAAAGCUUUAUUCGGCACCCUCAGCUCCGAGGACGCCGAAUACUAUAAUCAACAACUAAAUCAGCUAGAGAUGGAUCAAUCCCACCUCUCGCAGAUUGUGGGAAAUCAAACGCACAUAGUAAGAUCCGAAUUUCAGAAUAUCCAUCAACGAUUAGAUAAUCUAACCCAAGAAACUACCAGAUGCCUUGAAGUCGCAAAGGGGAUAGCGAAGGAACUAAACCAGCAAAGCCUCGAAAAACAUCGAGAAGCUUAUAAAACAGCCAUUUGGCGCUGGAUAACCGCCUUGGGAAGUCUGGCCCAGGAAUAUCGUUCCGGAAUCUUGUUGAUAACGGAUGUUGUCCUUUUCGCAAGACAAGGAAUACUGCACCCCGCCAUCCUAUCUCCUGAACAAUUGGAAAAAUCCGUCUCUCUGAUACAAGAAACCUCACCCCUGGAAUUUCCUUUAUCAACACAAGAACUCCUAACAGGCUCUCUCAACCACCUCGCUGAAGUACAAACCCAAUAUCAAGAAAAUCGAUUAAUCCUCAUCCUAUCCUUCCCCCUCCUCGACAAAGAACCGUUCCAACUUUACAAGGUCUAUCCAAUUCCAACACAACAACCCUAUGGCACAGCGAAACCAAUAGCCGCUUACGUCCUACCAAGGUCACCCUACUUCGCGCUCUCCGAGGACCAAAACUACUAUUUCACCCCAGAGGAACAAUACAUUCAACAAUGCCUCACCCACCGCCACGACCUACUGUGUGAGCUCACCAUUCCUCUGCACAAAACCGAAUCAUCCACCAAUUGUGAAAUUCAGCUACUAACCCGACCACAAGAAACGCAGUGGAGAACCUGCGACCUGAAACUCACUACCCCAGGAACCACAUUUUGGCAAAAAUUACCGGCACCAAACAGCUGGCUUUAUUCUGCAAUCAAAUCAGACACCCUAAAGGUCCAUUGCCGAAACAAAAUCACGGACGUAGAAGAAAUUCAAGGACAAGGGAUUCUGCAACUGGCCCCCGGUUGCAAGGCCAUCACCCCCUCCACGCGUCUGACGGCAACCAGGGAAAUCACCACAAACACAGCUUAUCGCUACGCACCACCUGUAUGGCUGAACCUUACUUCCAUUUCCGGGCCAAUCGCAGAACCACACCUACUGGCCAUUGACAACCUCGCCAAGGAACUCUCCCUCGGAAAUUCCACCCAGAACUGGGAAAACGGUAAAAACGGAAUGGCCUUGGCCCGACUGGAGGAGGAAGCCCACAGCAUCCAGGUCCAGCAGCAAAACAAAAUUCACCGCCAGCUCACAAACCUACCUUCUUCCUGAGAUCAGUACCUUCCGGUAGGGAUCUCAACGCCCACAUUCUACAUCGCCCUUGCUAUAGGCGCCUACCUCAUCCGCCGACGAGGCCGCCACACCAGGACACACCAUCGCACAGCACCAGAACCACCGAGGGAACCUCCAACCAU